GACCAGCUUGUGGAUGUUACACUGCUUUGUGAUGGUGGCAGCUACCCCGCCCAUCGGCUUGUUCUGGCUGCUUGUUCCCCUUAUUUCCACCAGUUAUUUACUCGAUUACCCACCCAACACCCACUCAUAUACCUCAGGGACGUCAAGCAAGCUGAGCUGGAGGCAUUAUGAGUUUAUAUAUCGAGGAGAGGUGAGUGUUGCCAAUAGCGAAUUGACUGGUCUCAUCAAGAUUCUGAGAGCCUGCGCAUUAAAGGGCUUGGAGAUGUCUCUCAACGUGAUCAACAUGCCAGCACAGGAGAGAAGAGACUCAUCCCCUAUUUCACCAGGUUCUCCAGUUUCUCACAGCCAUAAUCCUCGCCCAAAGAAGGCACCCCGCCUCUCUACCAAUAAUGGGGAGUCAAAGGGCAUAGAUACCAAUUUUGCAUCCUUGUUGUCUCCAGCAAACAGCUAUGGUCAUGCUAUAAACAAAUCUAGUAAUAAUAAGAGUAAUGAUGGGUUUGCACAGUUAAUGGAUUCAGGGUGUGCAGACCUCCCUGAACAUAACCUCGAUGGAGACCAGACAUCCAACCCUACUUGGGACCUCUCACUCUCAGAAUCGAAGUUGCGAUCCUGCCUAGAAGGUCUGGAAUCUGUCACUGCUGCUCAAACACUUGCUCAGUCCGUUGCUCAUACUGUCGCUCAAUCCAUUGCGAUUCCCCGAACUCUCUUUACCUCCACUCCCAGCAAAGUCUCAUCAAGCAAGAGGGAUACUGGGGAGACCAUCACUGAAGGCAAUCGAGGGUCAUCUCGAAGAAAGAAUCAUGAACCACAAGAAAACAAGAGAGGGAAAGGGCUGUCCUCUAACAUAUUAUCAUCCAGUAACCAAGAGAAUGUGAAAGAUGGAAACAUCCCAAAAGAAAACAUAAAAUGUGAGUUGGAUGCGGAUGGCAAUGUCCUGACUACAACAGAGACCAACAGAUGCUUAGAUCCAUCUCUGAUACCCAUGUAUGAUACUGCCGGUGACCUUGGUGGAGCUGUAAGUGACCUCACCAACCCUCUACUGGCCAGCUACGCCCACAUGUUGAGUCUUGGGGCUGAGGAUAGGGCCUUUUCUCCCCUCAUCCCAACCACUGUGCAAGAGCAGCAGGUCCCCUCACCAACAAACAAGGAGUCUCGAAGUCUGACUUGCCAGUUGUGUGGUGCCACCAUCAAGCAUAUAGCAAACUUCGGCCACAUGAAACAACAUCUAAACCCACGUCGUUUUCCCUGCCCAUGGUGUUCUGCUGCUUUUGGUCGUAAAGAUAAUCUAAAAACUCACACGAGGAAGCACCAUCCCGCAGAGGUUGAAGCACAGGAGGCUGGGGUGUUACCAACUGGGGGAGGAAGAGCUGAUAAUGAUGAGAGCUUAGAGGAUGGGAAAGGACUGUCAGGUCUAAAUGGUUUGGAGAAUGAUGGUGGUGAUGGCAGGGAUGGGGGUCCAGAUGAAGGAGACAGGGAUGAUUCAUCUGAUCACAAUGAAGGGCUAGUCAUUGCUGAGGACACAGAGGAAGAAGACGAAGAAGAUGAGGACUCGCGCUCUCAAGGAGAUGAUGGUCAGUAAAUAUACAGCUGCUACACCUGCAAAGAAGAUUGUUAAUAUCAUAAUUGAACAGGUGUAUUGCUAGCUGGUUUCUAUCAAUCUGUAAAGGGAAAUCGCAAGUUGGGAUUUACAUUUUCAACACUUUCUGUUGAUAUUACUUAUUGGAAAGAGGAGUGUGUUGACUUCUUCCACUUAAGAAGAAAGAGCUCCACAACUGCAGAGGUUAUAUAUAUUUUGAAAGUAGAUGUGUUUUUUAUGAAAUAAAUUUUACAGUGCCUGAAAGUAAUAGAGGCAGACCCAAAUCUUUCUUCAGACAAAGAUUUUGUAUCUACUGACAAUAUCUGAAAUGCCUUAAUGUUCAAUGACAGAAUAAUUGAUGUUAAGGAAUUUUGUAUACAACCAAAUUUUCAAGAAGCCUUGCCUCUUUGCUCAUAUCAGUACAGACUAUAGAUACAUCUUGAGUGUGUUACUGUAUUAUUAUACAACAUACUUUUCUUAUUUGAAUGCAUUAAUUGAUUAUAGAUUUGGUACCUAGUGGUGUCUAGUCAGAAGGAACAUGAUUACCAAAUUAAUGUGUGUGAGUGCUGUGUGUGUCUGUAAUUGUGUGUUUUUAUAUGUACAAAUGUUACAAUGAAGCUGCAAUAAUAGUCUAGUCUGAAUAUUGCCAUGCAAACCAAACAUUUACCACAUGUUAACUCUUUCAAAUGUAGAAACAUUUCACAUUGUGUGUUGACAUACCACUGCUCAGUGUUGCUGGUGAUGACCUUGUUCACAAUUGAACCUUACAAUCCUGCAACAGUUUUAUACUUCAUAAUCUUAACAGUUAUUGUCUAGGUCCCAUAGUUUUUUAUAAGAAGAAUAGAUGUAUACCUAAAUUUUUCUUGAUACAGGUACUGUAAAUUUUAGUGAUGUGGUAAAACACAGAAUGUGCAGUACUGUACCACAUAAUUUGUCUGAGCUUGGUGCCAGCUGGUGUUGUGUGUACCUGCACCUUGAUUCUUCACAGCCAUUAAGAGUUUGCUUAUAUUGUACAACAUGUGACUUUUGGCAGCUCUUGUGGCUCUUUAAAUACUACACACACAGGACCCAUAAUUUAAGGACAUGGGGUUGUGUCAUACGAUGUUAGUAAGUAUUCCCAGGUUUCAGACCAGACCUUCCUAGUCACAGAAGAGGUGGAUUGUAAUUGUUCUAAUAUUAACCAACAUUAUAACAUCUGGGUCAGUCACUACUGUUUAAAAGAGACAAAAGAUAAUGUAUCAGUAUAGCUUAUGGAGGCACAAUAUUGACCUGUACAACAUAAGCACUGCCAUUCACCUCUUGGACAGAACCUGCCAGUGCCCGAGGGAAAAGCUGACUCUUGACAACAGAAUCUGCUACUCAACGCUGCCAUCUCACUUAAUAGAAUCUAUUUUCAGAUCAAGUUUCAUUAGCUGUCUCAGAAACCGGUGAGGAUUCAGGAAAAGAGUCUUGACUCUGAAGCUCAUUCAUUUCAAAACCUGUCCAACAAUAAGGAUUAUCAUCCUCCACUACUCAAUUUCCUGUUCAAAGGUAAACUGUCAGCCCCUUCUAACUCAAGUACUGUACACUGUACUAUGGAUGGGCUGUGGAGAGAAAUAUAUUUCUUGCAGGGUUUUUUAUCUUUGACAUUUACCAUCAUACAGUCCUGUCUUACGCAACAGACUUUGGGGUUACAUUUAUUUUUGAACAUAUUGAGUGGGAGGGCUUGCUCUGAGCUGAAUACAAUUGUCUGGCUUUAACCAGAAUAAAAUAUCUAAAUACGACACUCUUCCUUGAAGGGUUGAUAAAACAAGGUAAUUGUUGUUUUUGUUCAGUGAUCAGCUUUCCAGUUCAUACUGAUGCCCAGUGUUGCACCCUUUUUUUAUGACAGUAGCUAAAUAAAGUGGGGAAGGCAAGCAUUCUUAGUGGUAAGAAUUUUCUAAGAAUUCCUACAAAUCUUGAUAGUUUGGCUCUUCUAAUAUUUUGAAAAGAGAGACUUCAGUUUGACAAGUUGGCAUGUUCCCUUCCCUGAGUGAAGUACAGUAUAGUACAGUAUACUGUAUGUUUAUGACUAUCUGACCAAUCAUUAUGUGAAUUUAUAAGCUCCAUGUUUAAAGGAUUUAAAAUCCUUCACAUAAAACCUGCCUCUGGAGCCUGUGCACUUGUUUCAAGAUAAUGUUAUCCUUGCUAUUACUUCCUUGCACAUGAUCUGUACUGUAUUCAUAAUUCAGUUGUUUUCGCAAUAUUCAAUUUGUUUGACAUAUAAUACUAACACCAUGUACGGUAUAAUUUACUAGAACUGGGUGAAGGACUGGGUAGUCACUGACAGCUAGGUUCUUCAGUGGACCGUGAUGUGCUCAAAGAUUGUUCAUUAUUUUGCCCACCUUACAAGCUCUGAGUGAUACAAAUGCAGUAUCCAUUUAUUGGCUACUUUGCUUUGUUUUCAUCUUUAUUGUCUUAUAUUUGGUAUAACGUGUGGUGGUGAUGAAAACACCAAACUUCAGUCUCCCUUUUAAACAUAUUUCAAGGUUUUAAAAAUGUAAGUACAGUACCCUUACAAUCAUCAAAUACUUAUUGAUUUUUAUGAAAUUGCUCUCAUUUUGAAGGUACAGUACAGUAUUUUGUUUCAGAAUACCGGUAGAGUCAUGAUUAAGAGUAAAGUCGUAAUGUCAGAAUCGUACAUGCAGUACAAUUAUAACAAUAUACAAAUAGAUCCAUUGUGAUAUACAAAACAAAAUAAUUUUCACCUUUUCCACAGUUCCAUAUGUUUCUGUCUCUUUUGAGAGUAGCCUGACACAGUCAACUGUACAGUAUAUCACUGUCAGAAGAACUCAUUAUGAAUGUAGAAAAUGAAAAUGUAUAAAAAAAUUUGCAAUCACAAAGUUACAUGUGUAAACACAGACCGAGCGAGAAAGCAGCUGAAUCCAACCAUAAACUCGAUACUCAUUGGUUGAUGGAGCCAUGGGAUGCAACCAAGACAUUGAUUGGUUGCAGGCUGUGGAAGAUUUGUCCCUGCAACAUGGAGCAGAACAGUUUGCAUACAUAGUCCAGCACCCACUCUAAAACAAUGGAAUAUUACCGAGUAAUAAAGACGAACCUGCCAAAAGUGGACCAAGUAUUAUUAUAGAACAUGGAUAGACAUUUAAUGUACUGUACUAAAGAAAAUGUAUUUUGGGGACCAUAGUGGAUUUAUCGCAUUCUCUGAUUUUAUCAGCAUUAGCUUGUUCUAUAUCAUUAAACCUCUUUAGCACACCCAUUUUUACUUCAAAGUUAAUGACGUUCUUGACCUUCUUUAAUUGCACUCGUUUUUGCAACUUUGCUCAGGUUUAACAGAUGAAAACUCACAGUAAAUCUGCAAGACACAACAGGGUCUUAACCAAUAUGGUGUUGGUGUCAACACUCAUGCUAGAGUAUGAAGUUGAGUGAUGGGUGUUGUGUGUUGGUAGGAACACUUUCCAGGGUAGUUUGGAAGUUUCAUUCAAUUUUUAUUUUUUAUUUUAUUUUAUUUUUUUUUUUAAAUAACAAAGUGAAAUAGUGUAUUUUAUAUUGAAUUAUGUUCCCUAAUUCGUGGGCAGUGUUGUAGUGAACUAAAGACAUACAGUAUUGUACUGUAUAUUGAUACAGACGAUAAUAUAAUUACUUCAAGCUCAAAGAGAGAUACUGUAGACUCAAUUAUUUCUUGUUUUGAUACUAUUCAACUUGUUUAAUCAUAAAAUUACUGUACUAACCAAUUCAAGGCCAGAGAGAGAGAUUUACAAACAGAUAUAUUAUGUUUACCAAUUAGGUUUCAAAGUAAAUGAAGAACUGCUUACCGGUAACUGAUCCUCAAUGGUCUCAAAGACAACUACUGAAUCAGGACUUGACUAGGUGAGAAGGUUAUAUUUUACCAAAAUCUUGUUCACGUUAAUAAUAUAAAUUGUUUACCCAUUGUACUUUUCCUGGGGGAUGCUUGAUUGAGGUUACACCUUGCAUGUCACAUGCUCAUAUCUACAGCCAUAAGAGGGGAUGUUAUGCCUCAAACUUUCAUUUAUAUUUUUGGAGACUUUUAAACUUUUCAGUUAAUGAAUUGAUGAUUUAGGUUUUGAUGAUGAUGAUGAUAAUAUUACUCUGGAUUAAGUUGUUUAGGGGAAGCUGAAGAUGGUCAGUUAUACAUAAACCAGCAAAGUCUGUUCUCAAGGUUACUAUAAUUGUCUUAAUCUGUUGUCAAGUAUAGCAAAGGUCAGCCAGGCUCAGGAUUAUUAAUUUAUUUUUGUAAAUGCAGGUCAUAACUCUAACAACGAAUUCACUCUUGCACUGUGGUAAAUGGAACAUUUUUUCUAAAUUUCAAUUGAAAGCACAAAAAGAUGGUUGAAUAUGGAUAAAUGAGUGGUAAAAAAAGUACAGUAUCCUUCAAACUUGUGUUCCUCCAUGUGUUGGUUUAUUUAAAUGCUCCUUCUAGUCUCCAUCUGAUUUCACAUAUUAUGACAUAAAUUAUUCCUGUAAAAAUCCCAGACACAUAUCAGCACAAUUACAAUUCUGCGACUUAUCCUCUGUGGAUUACUAAAUAUUGUUUGACUGUGUAUACUUUACUUAACAAUCUUGUUGAACCUACUGUAUUAGCUUUUGUUACAGACCAGGAGCAGCUAUCCACUCAAAUGUUUUGAAGUUCCAACAAACUUCUUUUUAUCAUAUACUUUACCAUGUUACCCAGUUGGUCUUACACACACACACAUUGCCAAAGAUGCCUCAGAUUGACAUUAACUUAUAGGAAUUGCUAUUCACUCACGGACUUUGGGUCAUUGAAGUUUGAGUUAUAAUGACAGAAACCUUUAACACAGUAUACGUCUACACAUAAUGUCUAUCUACAGUACAGUACUUUCUUUAUCAAUGUAUUUAAUACCAGAAUUUCUGCAGCAUUAAAGCAUUUGGUGCUCUGCUGAAACAUUUUAGGAUAUGGGUCUUCAUCUCAUCAUAUGACUGGAAUUGUUGCCCUAAAAUAUAAGUGCUACUUUGAUACCCAAAUGCAGGGAAAUUUCAAGGAGCCAAGUCUUGGCUGUAAGGCAGGUGAGAAGAGACUCAGCCUAGAUUUUGCUAUUUCAUGGUGGUUUUUGAGCCAAAGGAGGAAAGAUAGUAUCCUGAAGCAGGAGAAUAAUUAUUUCCUAAUGAGUCCAUAUACUGUAUAUUGUUUGAACUUUGCUGCCAGUGAUUUUCUAUUAUUUGGGCUAUCAAAGGAGUACCUACAUAGGCAGGCAGUGCUUCUAGUCUGAUGAGAAUGCAAGGGCACACACUAUAUCUUGAAUGGUUUGAGCAGAGGUACAGUCAUUUACUAAAGUCCGUUCACUUCUCCCCCUGAACCACGAACCCCAAGAUCAGACUCAUGAAUUCGAAGCAUUUAUGGACAGAAUAAUAUAUCAAUCUACUGCUUCAGGUUCAUGGUUCAAGAGGAGAGGUGAACGGACUUUAGCAGUUGAUUGUACACAACAUUCAAGUGCCAGUACAAUACAUGAAUGGAAAAAGUUAUAUGCUGUACGGUGAAGUUAUAUAGUGAAAGAAGAUGAAUUUUAUGUUCCUGUCUUAAUAAAUUUAACUUAUGAGUAAAACCCUGGGAAUGACUGCAAAUGCCCAUGCAUACAUUUAUUGUUCUCUUGCUCUGGGAUUAUCAACUUCAGAGGAUGCACUCCUGCUCGUUAUCCAGACCAUCAUAAUUUUGGACUUUGUGAUUGUAUUUUGAAAAUGCAAGUAUUCCAUCCUGCUUGAGUUUCUCACACCCAGUCAACAUCACAGUGUUGUCUGUGGUUUCAACUUGUGAUUAUGUGCAAGGUACAUUUGGGCUACAUUUUACUAUUUCAAGCCUCACUUUAUCUGUCUAUAUAUCAACUUCUCUCUGAUUAAGAUUGAUAAAUUAACAAAUGCAUUGAGGAGUAGAAUGGUGUCUUUAUACAGUAUCUAUAUUCAGUGAAUCAUUGCUUAAUUUAUAUUAGGAUGAUCUGUACAGAAUCUUAUCAAACACCCUUGUUUGUGUACAUCUCCAGAGCAUAACUUGUAAAGAAUCAAAGACUUUUCUAAUUUGUUUCUACUUUUGCAUAGUUACUGUAAGCCUUUGUCUUUUUAUUGCACUUACAAAAUGAAACUCAGAGUAACAAGGAGUGGAUAUUUUUGUUAGAAUGCAUACUCAAGUUAGGAUUAGGAAAUGAUUAUGUGGAAUAGAAAAGAAAAAAUUGCACAAAAUGGAAAUAAAUGUUUUAAGUCAGUUUGGUGAAUAAGAACUACCUUAUUGCUAGGGAGGUUAGAGGAAUAAUGGGUGGAAAGCAAAACUUGUAGUCAAAAGGGUUUUUAACCCACUCUGGUAACAAGGAUUCCUGUCUGACUUUGGGAAGCUAAUUUUGUUCUUUCAAUUGUUGGAUACCUGUACUGUAUGGCCUAACUAAUUUGAGGAGCAAUAAAAAAAAAUAAACUACAAACAAUAUCCCAUGCUCACAAUUCUAGGGAGUACAUACCCUCUGUGACAUGGAUUUCCUGUCAAACAUCACAGGUUGAUGCCAGAGGGGAGCGUAGAAGCAAAUCGUAUAUACAGUACAGGCAGUCCCCGAGUUACGACUGUCUGACUUACGAUCAUUCGCACUUGUGAACAAAAUCCUAAUAUUACAUUCACAUCACAAAAAUUUGUAAUUAAAAUCCCACGGUUUACAUUAUUUUCAUUAUACUGUACUAUAUUGUUUUAACAUAACUUUAUUUACAGUAUUUAUAGUAUUUGUUAUGUAUGGGAUAUUAUUGUUGUUUUGUAUGGGCAGGGUUGUCUUUAACCUAAUGUAAACUAUGGAAUUAACAGUGUUCUGACUUGCCAACAAAUCAAAUUAUGUUCAGGGUCCAGGAGCGUAUCCCUGUCGUAACUUGGGGACUGCCUGCACUGUAUACUGUACCACCUUACAUGAGUAGAAUUAAAUCUUGUUUUUAAGGAUGUACUGCUCAUAGGAAAACUUAAUUAAAGUAUAUGUAUGCUCAACAAAAUAAUCAUAAGGUAUUCAGCGACGUGGAUGCAAUUGAAGAGUUUGUUAGGGUUGGCUAUAGAGAGGAAAUUCUAGUACUGUAUCUGAAAAUUCUGAUCUCCCAAAUGUUAUGGCAUCAAGGACCAGAUCUGUUGCUUCUUCCCUCUGCACAGGUUAUAUUAGUACCAGUAAUUAGGAUGUCAAUUCCUUGAUUUAAAAUAUUGGCCAAACUUAAAGAACUCAAUCCAUGCUUAGAAAUAAAAUUCAUAAGCAUGAAUUAAUUUACUGCAGUCAUUCUAUAAAAAAUUUUCAGCCUCAGGACUUUUGCUUGUACACUCGGUAAAAAAACUACUGCUACAGUUUCUGCGCAAAACAACUGACACUACAAACGAAGUGUUUCAAAAAGGCUCCUGAGGCAUUCCUCGCAUUGGUAGCCCUGCGCGUGCUCGAAACAAGGUUCAUGAAGUCAUAGCUUCUCACAACAAAGGUAAACCCAGUACUGUACUAGAUUUUCCGGAAUUAUCGACCGUAUGGGAAAACGUCAUUGGGUCGGGUUUCAUUAGACGGUAUGCGAAACUGUGGAGCUAUUCAGAUGUUUCAGAACAGCUUGGUACAUUUUCCAAUACGAAUAAAGAAUGACAUAAUGUGGCAUUAGCCCAAAGUGAAGGAGCAAUACAAAUAGAGAUACGAAAUUCGGUUGCAAAAUAAUCUUAUACCUUUACUGUAUCCACUAAUUCUGCCAAACAUAUGAUGCAUUCCUCUAUGGCAACUCAUCCACUUCCAUGGUUACUGUAGUCCACGGUGUGUGGAACAUUUAAUAUAACAUACAGUUUAACUUAUCUAGAUAUAGUGACAUUCUCCAGUCAUAUUGUAACAAAGUAAUUCAAUAUUGUCAAUGAAAUAGCUUAAUUCGGCCAACCAAAUUAAGUACGAAAUUUUGCACAUUCAGGCCUACCAACCCUCGCGAGACAAUGGGAAUGUUCAGUUGGAAAAUCAUCGGACCCUACCUAUACAGUGGUUUUUUUUACUGAGUGUACAUACUAUAGAAGCAUCAGUGUAUUUAUGGCAGUUUAAGGCUUAGUUAAUAUACAGAGCAGGAGAAGGUUGUGAUCACUGAGAGAGAACACAAACAAGAGGGAAUACAAUUUAAUAAAUUACCCAAGAUGUGCCACUAAUCUAGGUGUUUUAAGAAAUCUCUGCAUUGAAUAUCCUUUUUUAUUGACUAUAGAUAUAAAUUGACUAUAGAUAUAAUGUACUGAAGAUUGUUAAUAGAUAUGUGUUAAGGACUUGGCAGUAGUGAAGGUUUUGCAGUAUUGUCUGAUCAGGCACUAAAGAGCUUCAACAAGAAAAAUACCUAUGUUCACAGAAUAGUUCUUCAAUGGAAGCGAGCUGUAAGUUAUGUGUACUUCAUUACUGUAUACCAAAUUCAUUUGUGUAUAUGUUCGAUGACUUGUCAGAUGGUAAUAUUAGUUAUGUGGCUGUGCCUCAAAGUAAAUAUGUGAUGGAUUCAUGAAACAAUCUUACCACAUUGUAAGGUAGUCGACUAUUGUACUUAACUAGCUAAGUUAAAAUGUAGUCUUUUGAUGAUGAAAUAUUCAGGACCUUAAGGAUACAUAGGUAUCAACUUGACAGAAGUUAUUACAGGUAGUUAUAUGAUGUUAUGGUAGUUUGGAGUUAAAACCAACUUUGACAGUCACUUGUAGUGCCUAACAAUUUUAGAGAGCAAAACCUGAUGAUGUUACUGCACUCACCUCACAUUGGUGGUGUUUGCUUUUUAUUGUAAACAGAUUAACCAUAAGCACACUCAGAGAUAUACCACUGGAAGUGGAGCCUUAAAAAUCCAGAUAAUGUUAUACUCAAAUGCUUACCAGCAUUCUAAAUCAGUUUUAAUUUGCAUGUCAAACAAUUACAGAUCUAUGCCUAUUGGGGAUUACAGCUCACAGUUGGCAUUACCACAUAUUCUAUUCUCCAGUGUUAAAUAAUACCCAAACAAUGAGAGAUGUUUGGUGAUACAUGUUAAAUGAAAGUAAUUGCAAGAAUAGAUAAAUAUAUUGCCUCAUAAAAGCACUUUUAGGACUGUCCACCCCCAAAUGUAGACAAGUUCUGUGUCGAUUGCUCAAGAAUCAUCAAUCUUUUGAGUUUAUGGACUUAUAAAAUAGUGUGAAAUGUAAAGAGUACAACCCUGUGCUGCAGAGGAUUACUUACAUUAGUAGUGUUUUGGUCAUUUUAAUAUCAAAGAAAAUAUUACUGUUAGUUAAACUAAUGUAAAAUGCAGUUAUAUAUAUCCACGGAAAACAAAUUAUCGGCUAUCUCUUUCAGUGGACAUUAACCUUAAAAUGAGAUAAUUUGGAGACUAAAGAGAAUAAUCACUUUUCAACAUUAAACUUAGUGACAGCAAGUAACAGGCUUAUGUUACACCAGGUUGUGAACUACAGUCACAGCUCAAGAAAACUGAUCCUCCCUGGUGUUCCUAGCACAAGUUAUCUUGAGUAUGUCACACUGCUACUGCAAUGUACAGUAGUAGUUAACUGUUAGCCAGAAGUACACUGCCUCCCUAUGCAGCUAUUAUAUUUCUGUGUAGACAUUGUUGGCAGCAAUAACUCACUAAAAUCCAAGUCCAGGAUCUAGUCAAGGCAGAAUUUGUGUACUGUGUAAAGUCACUCUGUCAUUUUGCCUGGCUCACUAGGAGUGUAACCCUUUCUUUGCAUUUGUAGAAGGCAGUAAAAUCAACUUGUGGAGCAUGAAUAAUAUAAUUUAUACAGUAGUGUAAUUGAUGCUCACAUGCCUGAAUUGAAGGAUGGGGGAUAUGUUAUUUCAACUUUGUCUCAGUACAGCAAAAAGAAGCAUAUGAUAAGAUCAUUAUUAGAUGUUUGACUAGUCUAGUGAAUGGAGAGCAAGGUUUGAUAUUUAGGCAGAAAGCAAUGAAGACUUUUUUGUUGCUCAGUUUGUUUGGGUUUGUUUAUUGGAAGCAAAUUUGAUACUAAUAUUAGACAAUGGUGUUUGUUCCAAAGAUGAAAACUGAUACUAACGUUAAAGAAUGGUGUUUGUUUCAUGCUCUUAGGAAGAAGUUUCAGACUAAUACCAGAGUUGUGUUGUUUCCUCGGAAGAUAUUAGCAAUAUCACACAUGUGGUAGGGGAAGUGCUUUAGCAUUAUCAUAUGAAUACUGUAUGCAUCCAGUAUUUUGACCUAACAAGCAAUUUAUCAUGCCAUAUUUAAAUAAUGAGUUGCAGGGAAUCCUGUGAUGAGUGACUAGUCAGAAAAUAAGUUUGUUACUAAUAUACUGUAUACCUGUACAAGAAAAUUUUGUUAUUUCUAGGGAGAUGUUGUCAUGUGGUUCACUAACAUCAGAUGUGUAAUCUAGUCUCAUUUAAUAGCAAAUACUAACACAACUAACCCUCAGUCAUACCUCUUGCAUUCAGUAAGUUGUAGCCUUGCCCCAGACAACAUACGAGAAUGCAAGUUUACAUUUCUGACAGUCUAUCUGUCUGUGUCUAUCUCUUAUGCCUCUUUCCCAUCUAAAACUUUCCUUGAUGUAAGGUUGAGAUUUUCUUUUGAUUGAAUACCAGCAUUGAGAAUGUAAAAAUUAGAUGUUGACUUUUUUUAUAACUAAUGAGGGGGCCUUAUACUGUGUUAAAAAUGAUGAUGAUCAUUAAUGAAUACUUUUGCUAUGAUGUUUGGAUGUCUAGUUCUCUCUGUGGUAAUGUUGGGUAGCUCAAUUUCCCCCAGGGAUUUUUAUUUCUAUUGACAUAUACCAUAAAUGACUUUUUUAGUUUCAUCUAUUAAUGAUGUGAUGUAUCAAUUGCUAUGUGAGACAACUUGACAAGCAUUGAAAUCAACAUCUCAUAAUUCAUUAUUUAGCUUCAGGGGCAGAUGCAGCAUUCCCCAAAUCAGGGGAUUCAGAUGCAGAAUAUGGUGUGUAUCAGUACAGUACUUUGUUUCUUCAACCAAAUCCCACCUUCACUAUACAUGUUUUAGAUAAAGGCAAUUAAAUGCCUGGACCUAAGACUGAAAACUAGAAAUAAAAUUUCAAGCCUAUGUAGGCAUCAUUUCAAAAUUUGUAUAAAGAUAACUUUUAUAUUUGUUUUAACAUACCAUGGAUACUUUGAUCAUGUUGAGAAAGUAUUUACAAAAUGGUACCCAGAUGAUGGUAUUUUCUGCAUUUUGAAAGGCAAAGAAUAUACUGUAUAUAGAUGUCUUACUGUAUAUUAAAAGGUGGUGUCUUGGCCCCCACUGGAUCUGCCCCUAAGAUUUAAAGAGAUAUGGAGUUAUAAGGGAAGUACUGUCCGGUAAUUGUCAUUUAUUUCAUCAACCGAUACUAGAUAGAAUCUUUAUUAAUUGUAUACACGUCUUUGCAUAACGCUACUUUAAAAGUGUGUGUGUG